CAGAAUUGAAAAUUCACUCUUUUAGAAAUCAGAACCUUGUCAUCACUAAAAUAAACUCUAGUUAGCCUCCACCACCGCCGCCGCAAGGAGUGGGACACUUCCUCCGUCCGUCGCACUCAGGAGCUUCCCCCUUCGUCCUGUCGGCGUGUUCCAAGUCUCCGACCCCUGUUCGCUCUCGCCGAUCGCAGCUUCUUCCUCGAGGUCAGCUCGGCGUCUGUCGUCCUCGUCUGCUUAGCCGCGCUUCCGUCGCCGUCUGUCGCGCUCAAAAGCUUCCGUCCUCGUCUGGUGUUCGUGCUCGAGUCUCCAACCCCUCUGCUCGUGUGCUCGUCGUCUGUUCUUCGUCUUGUCGCCGUCGUCUGGUCACCGUCCUGCUCGCCGUUGUCUGGUCACCGUCGCGCUCAAUCGCUCUCAGUCAUACUCUACCCGGACUGCUCAGAUCGAAGUGUUUUUUCGUUAGGAGCAGGAGGUGGAGGGUCUUCGUCAUUCCAAUUUGAGUUUCUUGUUUUGAUUCGUCGGUUCCCUUGCAUCUGCGUGUUGUUUCCUUCGCUGCUGCCACCAUUCCCACCGGCUCAAUCCCGACGGCGGCGUCUGAUUCCACAGCCACUCAGGUGCUUGAAUCAAUAAUCAAUAAUCAAUAAUCUGAAUCUGUGAUCGAUCGUUGAGGAUGGUGCUGGUGUUGGCUCUUGGGGAUUUACACAUACCACAUAGGGCUCCUGAUCUCCCUGCUAAGUUCAAAUCCAUGCUUGUUCCUGGCAAGAUCCAACACAUCAUUUGUACAGGAAACCUUUGUAUUAAGGAAGUUCAUGACUACUUGAAGACUCUUUGUCCAGACUUGCAUAUAACACGUGGCGAGUAUGACGAAGAUACAAGAUAUCCAGAGACCAAAACACUAACCAUUGGUCAGUUUAAGCUGGGACUUUGCCAUGGUCAUCAGGUUAUUCCCUGGGGAGACCUAGACUCACUUGCAAUGCUACAGAGGCAGCUAGAUGUAGACAUCCUUGUCACAGGUCAUACCCAUCAGUUUACCGCAUACAAACACGAAGGUGGUGUGGUUAUAAAUCCUGGUUCCGCAACAGGUGCUUAUAGCAGCAUCACUUAUGAUGUGAAUCCGAGUUUUGUCCUCAUGGACAUCGAUGGCCUGCGUGUUGUGGUAUAUGUAUAUGAACUUAUCGACGGAGAGGUUAAGGUUGACAAGAUUGAUUUUAAGAAAACAGCCUCAACCCACACUGCUCAUUAGGCAUUUGUAUCUUGGUCUUAAUCUCUCUGUAACUUUUUUUUUUAAUUUGGUGUUUCUAGUGUUUUUUUUUUUAUCCCCUUCUUCACUUUGUAAGAGUAUUCUGCUUUAGUUUUAUUCUGUUUUGGAGACUAGUAAAAACCUUAUUAUAGACUACACCAAAGAAGAAAGAGGCCUUAGACUUUCAAUAUUCAUAGAAUUUGAUCAACUUGUGAUAUGUAUGACUGGAUGCUAUAAACAUUUAUGGUUGAUUAGCAAUUUAGCAUUGUGCAU